CCAUGCACGAUGGCGGAUAUGGACGAUUUCGGUUUUGACGCUCACACGGGAAACGGGAGUAGUUCCAAGACUCCGGUUAUGAACGUUUCGGCUGGAUUGGGUGGUUCUAUUGGGCAGACCACUCUGAUCAACGUUCCUUUCGGAUCGAGUGCGGCCGUGGGGUCCACUCUGAUCCUCACCUUCGUUGGAUCGAUCACGACUAUGGGGUCCGCUCCGGUCACCUCGUUUAAUGGACCAACCGCGGCUAUGGCCGCAAUGGUCAUCCUACUCGCACUGAAUAUGGCUUCGGCCAUACCAGUCAUUCCCUCACUUGGACCGAACACGGAUGUCUUCACAUCCGCACUGGUCGGACAUCCUACUGUCAUGCUGCUUGCGAAUUCUGUCAAAGAACCGGCAAAUCAAGCUGAAGAAUUGAUCCUCAUUUAUAAUGAGUGCACUGACAAGGGAAUGGGAGUCAGUGAGGCAUUCCAAGUGGCGACGAUUAUUCAUGUGCUCCCUCCGGCUUGGGAUGAGUUCUGGAGCUAUCUCAAGCUCAAACGGAAAGAAAUGACUCUAGAACAGUUGCUUGUUCGUCUCCGGAUCCGUGAACAGGGUCUCACUCGCGAGAAGAAAGUAGCUGUUGCUAAGGCCAAUGUGGUGGAGCAUCCACCCAAAGAAGGUUCUUCCAAAGGGCUCAAGCCAAAUAAGGACAAGAAGAAAAUUGGUGCUAAAGAGGGCGUCGCGAAGACUAUUGUCAUGGAGAGGGAAACUAACCGUCCAAACCCACCGGCAGCGACUGCUAUCUCCAUUCCAGUCCGUCCGAUCAACCCCAAUCCCCACACCACCAAACUCCACUGUUCUUCUAACUCCUCCCCGUCAGCCCCCGACUUUCUCCGUGAAGUUCAAGCCACCUUCAAGCGCCAUAGACCCCUCGUAAACGUGCAAUCAAAUAAUUUAAGACCAAGGAGGGAGCAGGUUCCUAGAAGGGAAGUUUCAAGAAGCUCAAUCACAAGUGUAGGUUCUACAUGUGAUAUGCAGAAGGGACAUGUUGAUAUUCUGGUUAGUCACAACCUCCAGGGUUGCAUUUCGCAAACCCAGAACACAGUCUCGGUUGUCCGAGAAUCUCAAGAAGAUGCAUCCGUCACUCCACGUUCUGAUUGGAAUUCGACUUUGAGUACAAAUGAACAAGAUUUUAGACCAUUGAAUGCUCGGGGUGACCAAGUUGGAUCGACUGAGGGGCAUCAAAGCAAUAUUACAUUUGAGUCUGCAGUUGCAAGCAAUCCUGAUGUUCCACUGGCUGAAGGGAAGAAGAAAGUACAUUAUGCCACAGAUUACAAUCCUAGAUCUCAGGGAAUAGGAUGGUUCAUAAGUAACCAGUUGGAGGCCCCAACUGCUGCCAUUCAGGUAUCGACAUAUCAAAAUGUUGCAAAUCCAGAAUGUAAUUUAAGGUCUGAAACUGGGGUUUCUUUGCAAGAUAAAGGAACAGAGGGUGGUCACCCUCAUCAAUUUAGUAACUUUCUACAGAGUGAUUUUAGUCACCCAAUUACUCAAUCUUCGGGUAUUGGGUCAUCUUGCAUCACAACAUCGAUUACUAACUCAGCCCCUAUGCUUAGUUCAACAUCCUAUUUCUCUCAAUCUCAUCAGAUGAGCAGUUCUCAAUUAGCUGUGGACCGCGUAGCAAAGUCCAAGCUGAGUUGUGAAGAGGUUCCCCACAAGGAUAUAAUGCAGCCCUUACAUUUGUCAUCUAAGAAUGAAAAUAAAGUAUUAGCCGGUCAAGAAUCCCUUACAGCUUCUGAUUCUAGAGCCAAAACUGAACCGGAAGCUAAGAUGCUUUACCAAAGUAAGGAGCAACACAACAAUGUACCUAAGUUGGGCGAUACUUCCAUUGAUCCUUCCCCUUUUGAUGGCUGUUCUGGAAAAGUAGAUGCCUUAGAUAUUCAAUCUGAGGUUGCCUUGCCAAAAGUAUCUUCAUCAGGCUUAAAAGAAGAACCUUCCAAGUUAGAGAAGCUAGAGAAAGGGACAAACAGUAAAGUCACAUCUUCAUCUCGACGAAAAACUCAUGAUUCUGAUUUAUAUUUCAAUGUUAACGGAAAGAUUUACCAAAGGCUUGGUAAGAUAGGUAGUGGCGGAAGUAGUGAAGUGCACAAAGUUAUUUCAUCAGACUGCAGAAUAUAUGCCUUGAAACGAAUCAAGCUUAAGGGACGAGAUUAUGCAACUGCAUAUGGGUUUUGCCAAGAAAUUGAGUAUUUAAAGAGAUUCAAGGGAAACAACAACAUUAUUCAAUUAAUUGACUUUGAGGUAACAGACAAGAACUUGCUUCAGGAAGUCAUGAGUGGUUCUAUGAGUAAUAAGGAAUGCAAGGUCAAAGAAGAUGGCUUUAUAUACAUGGUUCUUGAAUAUGGUGAAAUUGAUUUGGCUCACAUGCUGUCUCAGAAAUGGAAGGAGCUAGAUGACUGUAAUGCAACCAUUGAUGAAAAUUGGCUUAGAUUUUACUGGCAGCAAAUUCUUCUUGCUGUGAAAACCAUACAUGAAGAACGGAUUGUGCACUCAGACCUAAAGCCAGCUAAUUUCCUACUUGUGAAAGGCUCACUGAAGUUGAUAGAUUUUGGCAUUGCCAAGGCUAUACUGAACGACACCACAAACAUUCAGAGGGAUGGACAGGUGGGCACUCUAAGUUACAUGUCUCCGGAAGCAUUUUUGUGCAACGAGACAGACGCAAACGGAAACAUCAUAAAAUGUGGUCGUCCAUCAGACAUCUGGUCACUUGGUUGCAUCCUUUACCAAAUGGUUUAUGGCCGGACACCAUUUUCAGAACACAGAACCUUCUGGGCUAAGUUUAAAGUUAUUACAGAUGCCAACCAUGAAAUAAAAUACGAACCGGUUUCCAAUCCAUGGCUCCUUGACCUUAUGAAGAACUGUCUUACAUGGGACCGAAAUAAAAGAUGGAGGAUUCCCCAGCUGCUCCAACACCCUUUCUUAGUUCCUCCCAUCCCAAUCCAACCACCUUCACCUUCUUCCCCACAAGAUCAGAGUUGUAAAUUGCUUCAGCUUCUCUUAAAUGCAUGUCAACAUGAUCAAAAUGCACUGAUGCUAUGUUCACAACUCCAGCGAUUGCUAGCUGACCCUCAACCUUCACAGCAAUUAGAAUUGCCCGUGUCGUCAUCUACAAGUCGAGAGUGCGAGUUGCUGAACGAAUUGUCAAAACUGUGUAUCAGACUACGAGGGCAUUUGGCAAUGUUGGGAGGCACGUAAAGUUGGCGAUGUAGAUAGAUUAAGUCUGUUCUUGGUUUCAUCAUUUUGGGCUGUUCCACCGUGCUUCUUCUGUUUCUACCUAUUCUGGUUUAUGCUGAUCUUCUUUGGGUUUAUUUGGGUAGAAAUUUCGUGCAUAUAAGGAAGAAAACAAAGGGGAAUCAAGCUUUAGACUUUUGUGAAUAAAAUGCCAAAACAGCACUAUUCAUUCAAUGA